AUGGACCUUGAUCUAGGGCCCGGUGAAGAGCAGCAGCAGCAGCAGCAGCAGCCGGAAGAAGAAGACCUAGACCUGACCGAGGAACAGGAACGGGAGGCCCUUGGGCAAUGGGCCCCGUUCCAGUCGCGGGUCUGGGAGCGAUUCCGCAUUUCCGAGUCGCGCCUCGAGUCACUUAUUGAUGGAGGCCUGGACGCGCUGCAGAGGAGCCAUGCUUACAUCUAUCAAAUGUUACAGAGCAGCUAUCCCCGCCUCCUGGCUGUCUUGCGGCUAUUUGCCAAGUUCAAAAUCACAGUCAGCUCAUGCUUUGACCGGCCGUCGAGCGACCGCUCGGGUGCCCUCAAAGCUCGCGCAGGCCUAGGCCGAGACCAAAGACUCGCCGACUUCUGCAAGGCCCUGUACCGACAAGGCCCCGACAACAACAGGUUGAGUUUGGCCUGCCAGAGAGACGUCCUGAAUCAAGUCCAGAGAGCCCCCGACGACGCUACUAAUGAUGAGCUCCAAGUAGCCGUCGAGUCAGUUGCUUGCUUUCCGGACAAUCCGUUGGUCCACAAGCAGUGCAAGCACGGCGUGUCCAACUUUUUUAGAAACGACUGGUCGGGCUCAAGGUCUGAUGUCGGCCGAGUAUGCAAUGCACCUGGUGUGCCAUCCGCCUCGGACAAGGCACGAACGGCCGGUAACAUGUACCAGCUAGCACCCAGCGGGGAGCAGCAUCCGACGCUGUUUGAGAGGGUGGCCGGCGCAGUCCGACAGAAGUUCGGUAUCGACAAAGGCCAGCUUGAGGCGCUUCUCAGUUCUGGCCUCGAAGCGCUGCCAUCAGCCAAUAAGCCCCUUUUUGAUUUUCUCAAGCUGACGUUUCCCAACGUCGCAGCAAUCAUAGCUAGGUUGGCUCAUGGCGGUCGUUCCCUUGCCUCGUGCUUCCUCAAGACGACCGGCAAGGGACCACGAACAAAGGCUCGAGCAGAGCAAGUAUUGGACGAGACGGAGGAGGACUGCGUCCGCCUGUUUGCCGCCCCAAACAAGCAGCUACCUGACUACGUCUUUGUUGGCACCCAUUUACCGCCCGAAUACGUGAAAAAACAAGGGGGCCUUCUCCCCGAGCAGGUCUACCAAUCGGUUCGCACACCUACGGAUAGCCGUGGGUUCGGCGAGGCCGUAGCCGACGUUUCCCUGGGUUUACCUACAUCUUCCACAAGCCCGGGCAAAGCAAUUACAGACGAGAAGAAACUGAGAGAAAUCGCCCGACGAGCCCUCCUCGUCCGUCUCGUCUUUGGAGAGGCAGCUCAUGACGCGGACAAGCAAGCGUCCGUGGCGUACAAGAACAAGGUCAACCCAAAACAGCAACCCCCGAGUUGGGUAUAUGUCAUCAAAACCACGCCAAACAUCAUCGUCUCGGGCAAGAGUGGCCUCGCCAUGGCGGGUCUCCGCUGGGGUCAGGUCUUUCGCUAUGCCCCCGUCCCGCCAGGCUACAAGAUGCCCACCAUUACUCGCGCACACGACCAACGACGCCUGACGAGGCAAUUUCAGAAGCUCCUGGACUCGAACGAAAGCCACUUCAUGGCGAACCCUGACUAUCACGGGUUCGACGCGUUUACCGCCGGAAGAGGUCCGCUUGACCUUGGCAACUCAACGGCCGUAGUGGAAUUUAUGAACAACAAUGGGCAGGCCGUAAGCUGGACUGGUAGUUUUCCCCUUUUCGAGCCAGCCAAGCAGCCAAAGAGCAAGGCUGUAAAGCCGGCUCGUGGGCUACGCUGGUGGGAGAAGCUUGGUCACUGGUUCACGGAACACGCAUUGGCCAUUACCCUGAUUACUUCUGCCGUUAUUGAGCUUAUCCCGGUUGUGGGUGAGGUCGUCGGCCCCAUUAUAUCUGCGUCGGCCAUCGCCGCCGAAGCCGCUUCAGCAGGCACCGAGCUUGCCGUCUUUGCAGGAGAACGCUCUUGCACUGAUUGGCGCAUUCUUUUGGGCGGUGCCAAAGUCAAAGUCGAACGUUGUUGGUGGGGCCAUGUCCAUCUUGGGCAAGUAUACGUUACUCCGUACGGAACGGAGGACGGGGGUGCGGGAUCACUCCGCAUGUGGGGCGCAGACUUUUGGAUCCACCAGACGGAAGGUCCCGUUGCGGGCGCAGGCGGACCCAGCACGGCUGUCACGAUAGCGGGGACACCGAAGCUAGAUAUCACUAACGAAGCUGAGGACGCCGUUGCUCUUGACGCCCACACCAAGUCUAGGCUGGAUGAGGCCGCUACACGUCAUACAGGUGGUGCCGUGGACGUCGCUUUCUACAACGGCGGCGAGGUUGCCAGUCUCGGCAACGGCCUUCACGGUGGAGACGGCCGGGAUCCAUUCUACGCCAAGGGGGAGACGAGCUGA